CAACGUGUGUGCGGGCGUGCAGUAAUUUCUAGAGAUAUUUUUGCGAGAAUAUUCAUUAUUUCUGAAUAUUCAGAUAACACAAUAGUAUCCUAGAAUGAAACGUUCUUUAGAUUACAAAAAUAAAGUAAUUUUAGCACCUAUGGUGCGUGUAGGAACGUUACCAAUGCGAUUACUCGCACUGUCUUACGGAGCGGACAUUGUUUACACCGAGGAAAUAAUCGACUGGAAGCUGCUCAAAUCGGAAAGACGAGUAAAUGAUGUUCUGAAGACGAUUGAUUAUGUGGAUAAAACUGAUGGUACUAUUAUCUUUCGGACAUGCGAUCAGGAAAAAGGGAAAGUAGUUCUUCAGUUGGGAACUGCCAAUGCGGAGAGAGCUCUACAGGUUGGUUUGAAACUGCAGCAGGAUAUUGCCGCUUUGGAUGUGAACAUGGGCUGUCCGAAAGAUUUUUCGAUUAAGGGAGGCAUGGGAGUUGCCCUGUUGUAUGACUUGGAACGUGCCAAGGGCAUCCUCAAGACAUUGGUGGAUAAUCUAGACAUUCCGGUUACGUGCAAAAUACGAAUCAUGCCAAAACUGGAAGACACUUUUCGAACAGUGAAGGAGCUGGAAUCGACGGGAAUCGCAGCGAUUGCCGUUCAUGGAAGAACAAAAAUAGAACGGCCUCGCCAUCCGGUUCAUCCAGAUAUUAUAAGGGAAGUAGCGAAAGUGACGAAAAUUCCAGUUAUCGCGAAUGGUGGAUCUCAGGAAAUGAACAAGCGAUCGGAUAUACUAAAAUUUCGAGAUGCUUGCGGUGCGUCCAGUGUUAUGGUAGCAAGAGCCGCCCAGUGGAAUUGUUCCAUUUUCCGCGAGGAAGGACCUCUACCUAUAGAAGAAAUUAUCGAUCAAUACCUUCGGCUUGCGGUGGAUUACGACAAUCCACCCUCAAAUACAAAGUACUGCGUGCAGAUGAUUUUGAGAGAAUUGCAAGAGACGAAAGAAGGACGUAAGUUCCUGGAUAGUCAAACUUUGGAACAAAUUUGUGAUGUGUGGAACCUUGGCUCAUACUGCAGGGAAAAACAGCUCGAAUACCACAAUGCUGGCAUACAGGGACGGCGACAGGCUUGUCCUGGUCUGGCGGCAGAGGAACAGGACGAAAAUUGUCCAUCGAAGAAAGCAAAAAUGGAAAAUUACGUAGAUGAAGAUGUGAUCCAGCAUAACAUUUGUUUCAUCCGGGCCAACUAUAAUGAUGACCGCGAAUUACCUAAAAGUAAGCUGUAUUUGUACACGGUGAAGAACAAUCUAAAACUACCGAAGUACGAAGUUGUUCAAAAAGUUAAACUGUUCCGGGCAACCGUUCUAGUGGGCGACACAAAAUAUAGCAGUUCAUUCUGGGAAAAGAGCAAAAAGUAUGCAGAACAUUCUGCCGCCCUUACCAGUCUGCUGCAUUUGGGCAUCAUUAGCAAAGAGAAGCUCAUUGAAAAAGGGUCUAUGAUAGGGUAAUUCAAGCUUUCCACAGUUUGCCGUAGGUUGCUAAAUCGAAAUUUUAUUUCCAAGAUAUUUCUGUUAAGUUUGAUUUACAUAAUUGUAAAUAUGUAGCAUGCAAAGAAGCUGAACUAUUAAAAAAGCCUAAACAAUCAAGUUACACAGAAUUGAGUUUAUGGACAA